CGCGACGAGUUCCUGUUGUGCGAGGUGGCGUUGGCCGAGCUGACUUGAGUGGCUCUGCUUUGUGUACUAUUCAGUGCAUUGUGCCUUUCACUUGUGAAGCACUCUCUGUAGUGCACAAGUGGAAUGCAGUCGUCGUCACUAGACAGUGGGUGAUAUUUUAUGGUUUUUGUUCAGAGUCUGUGGUUCUGAAGGCAUGGGAAGAUGCUAUAUUUCACAUAGAUGGUCUUCUGUUUGAGAAGUGAUUGCUACCAUGACCUGAAGCCAUAGAUGGUGGUGCCACCAUGGAUGGCAUCCACUUUGUGCAGAGUUGCCAGGACAUCCUUGUUAAAGAGGUGUUUGAAGUCAGACAACUUUCUUUGUGUAUUCAUGCUGGAUGUUCUUACUCUGCUGAUCAUAUUCCAGCCUAUUAUUAUGGAAAAUCUGUCAGUUCAAAACAUGUGAGGUGCCUGAAUAUUAAAAGUGUUGGUGCCAUUAGAUCUCUGAGGAAAAUGAGGAGAAAAACGAUGUAUUUUUUACUUAGCACACUUUUACCAAAGAAUUCAGUGUCAGCAUCAUGGAUUUUAAUUUAAAUGCACCAUAGAUGGUUGUUUCCUCUCAUUUUGGAGAGCUUAUUCAAAGUUAUAUGUGGUAUCUGAUUGUUAGAAAACAGUCAGUACAUAUCGAUUAUAUAGAGUUCAAACUCACAUCAGUAGCAUUAUUUGAAAGAGGAAUAGUGGUGCUUAAACUCUCUUUCGUAGGAAAAAUGAAAGAAAUGCAGAAGGUAGUUGAAGUAGAAGACAAACACGAUGAUAAAGUCAAAGGAGAUGGAUUUCUGCAGAAGCACACAGACAAUGACCUUAGCCCCAUUUCCAUGAAUCACACUGGAGAACCAUCUCAUAACCCUACUUCCACAUCUGAGAUGAGUGAGCCUACUCCUACAGAAACACAACGCUGGGAACGACGCUUAACUCCCUAUGAAAAACUGUCGCUGGAUUUGACUCAAGACCAGCAAAUUAUGAAAGAAAUCACACUUGGCCGUCGCAUUGGCUUUUAUCGCAUCCGUGGAGAACUUGGAUCUGGCAACUUUUCUCAGGUCAAACUGGGAAUUCAUGUACUUACGAAAGAGAAAGUCGCAAUCAAAAUUCUGGAUAAGACGAAAUUAGAUCAAAAAACACAACGUUUGUUGUCACGUGAGAUCUCCAGCAUGGAACGUCUCCAUCACCCUAAUAUUAUCAGACUGUACGAGGUUGUGGAGACACUAGCCAAGCUACACAUUAUCAUGGAGUAUGCAGGUGGAGGAGAGUUAUUCACAAAGAUUUCCAAUGAAGGAAAACUGCAGGAGAGCGAAGCCAAGUCUGUGUUUGCUCAAGUUGUGGCUGCUGUUGACCAUAUGCACACCAACAACAUCAUUCAUCGUGACCUGAAGGCAGAAAAUGUCUUCUAUGCCAUGCCCAGAUGGAUCAAGGUUGGUGACUUCGGCUUCAGCACCUGUGCCACUGCUGAUCAGACUCUCAAUACAUUCUGCGGCUCCCCUCCCUAUGCUGCCCCUGAGUUGUUCAAAGACGAGUGUUACUUUGGCCCAUAUGUUGACAUCUGGGCUAUGGGCAUCAUGCUGUAUUUUAUGGUGACUGGCAUCAUGCCAUUUCGUGCAGACACUGUGGCCAAGCUGAAAAGGUGCAUUCUUGAAGGGAGCUAUUCAAUUCCUGCAUAUGUGUCUGACAGCUGUCAAUUCCUCAUUCGCAGCAUCCUUAAGCAUGUACCACAAGACAGAUUCACACUUGAUGAAAUUAAGCGCUGUGAUUGGCUGGAGGGUGAAGAAUUUCCAGGACCUCUAGAAAUGUUCAACUUGAACCCUAGUCUAGAAGACCAGAACCCAGCAUCAGAAGAGGUAAAGGAGGCCAGAGGUAUCCUGAGUGAUCUUGGAAUUACAAAUGAUCAUUUCAAAGAGAUGAUUGUUUGGGACUCCAGAAACAGUAUCACGGGCACAUACCGAAUAGUGCUGCACAGAGUUCAAAAGAAACAUUCUGGACAGCCUGAUCUCAGACAAGACUUCAUGAUUAGGGAGAACAAUAUCAACGAACAGCCUCGUCAGUUCCAGCCACCCAUUAAACAGCCAUCCAGCAAGCUUUGUAUCAUUUUAUGACAACGAUAUUCGUAAGACACUUAUAGCAACUGUUGGGAAGUUGGUGUUUUUUACUGUUGUUAUUAAUUUUAAAGAAUUGUUGUUUUCAGCGGUGUGAAAUGCACUUCCAUUUAUACAUCUUAAAACUUUACUUAAAUAAUAAUGUUUCUUGGCAUGUUACUAGUCUGGAUAAUGUACGUGUGCCUGUCAUAAGUUAUUUUAAAUACUUGAGAGCUUGGAAAACGUUAAUAUAUAUUGGUGUGUAGUUUCUGCAUUUUAUCAGUAAAUGGUAUAAGUGAGGAACAAAUGUUAAAUAAACAUUAAAGCAGCAGUAUUAGUCUUCGCAUGUAUAGAGGAUCUAAUCAUUCACCUUUUGAAGAUUCAGAGGAAAUUAACAGUUUACUUAAUAGUUUAUUCAAUACUGUCAUUUAUUGAUGCACACAUUUUAAAACAUACUUAAUCUAUAGUAUGUCUAUUUUACUAUAAAAGUAGGUCAGCAUGAGGCCAGUAUCUGCUACAGCGGGCCUGUGGAAGAAUGGAAAUAACAAACUAGAUUCUUGUUACAUUUAUAGCUAUUUAAAUUAGCUGGUCUUGGCAUGAUGUCUCACCUGUUCUUUGCUGCGUCUGGAGUCUAUCCUUUCUUUUAUGUCUUCUUCUUGUGAUUCUUCAAUGCAAAGGUUAUGGAAGAAAUGUUUUGCAAUGUUUCAUAGACUUUUUACUUGUCUAAAUAUAUUUGACAAGCUUGCAGUCUUACCACAAGAGAGACACAAUAAUCUGGCAGCAAAUAACUUUUUUCCCCAUUUUGAUUUCAUUUCUGUGUCGUCAUGACCGGCAUGUUUUGGAACCAGUAGAAUCUGUGAUAUACAUUGUGUAUGUGUGUGUGAGAGAGUGUGAAUUCUUCAGUUGGUGCUAUGCUCAUUGUUACAGAGUUAUAUUGUGUUAGAGAAAUGUCUGAUGUCAGUACUGGACAAAGAAGUCUUGGGGAAAAUGCAUUAUUCUUUCAUGUUAGACCUCAUUUUUCACUUGGAAGUUCUGAAGACAAGGAGAGAAUUUUACAAAAAGUAAUUUCUGCAUGCGAUUUUUCUAAAUUAUAUAUUUGAUGAGAAACUCCUGAAUAUAACAUUAAAGGAAUUACCAAGAUAAUUUGAUAAAAUACAGACAACUUGAUUAUUUGAAUUCAUACUUUUUUAAGAACUAUUGACGGGUUUUAAAAAGAAACCUCUCCAUGAUAAUACUUUACAAUGUGAAAAUAAAUUUAACUUUUUAAGUGUUAGCAUUCCAUUGACAGCUAGAUUAUGUGCAAGCAUAAUUGCCAUCAUUAGAAAAGAGUUAUAUAUGGUUAUAAUGAUAUUAACUAUAGAAUAUAUAGAUGUGCCUUUAUAUGGAAGUGUGAUAAACUCAUCCUUUAUAUUAAUCUUAAAUAGCAUGCCAGUCUGCAGAGAUUAAAAGUCAUUUGUCUGUAGCAUCUUUUUUUUUUUCAAAUACCGUUUGUGUAAUUCUCUGCUGGCAGAGUUGGAUAACAAAGCAAACAUGCAUCUAAAUUUGUAUUGCAAAAUGUUUGUUUCUAGCAAAAAAAGGAAAAGGUAGUCUUCUAAAUUUUCUGUUCUUGGGGAGUGAGGUGUUGGAGAUCACACUUUUUGGGGGGCCAGCUUUUUUAUAAGGGUGGUGCUCAAUGCCACUUCAUUGCUUACUCCAAACUCAUACAACACCAGGGUCAACUGAAUGUCUGCUGCACCUUACACUGGUGCAUAAAUCUCUUUCCUCAGAUCUGGUGCUCUGAUCACUUGGCAAUCUGGUUCCCCAAGAAUAAGAAUAAUAGUCAUUUUUAUUCUGACAUAUCAGCACAUAUAUAUUCCCAUACAUUUUAGAGGAAAGAACAUGCAUCAAAAUUGGCGCUUGUUAGGGGGAAGUCUCUAAUGAGGAUUUUAAUUUUAUUGCUGUAUGAUUUCUUCUGGGGUGUUGUUUAGAAACAAUUUUUUACACAAAAGAUAUAUGUUUGUCCACUCCUAUAAUAUUUGGUUAUGAUCAUUGUUCUAAGCUUGUUGGGAUAACAUUUAUUCUUGUUAUUUUUUUUAUUGACAUAAAACAUUUUAGGGGGUGUAACCAUUUGACAGUUGAUGAACAGGACUGCUUGGAAUGAUUAAUAGAAUAUGUGAGAUUUUUAUGAUAAAACAGCACUUUGGAAAUUGUUCUUUUGAUAUAGAUGUGACCUUUUGCCGUAUAACAUGUGUUAAGUUAUAGCCUGUUAAACUUAUAAUUUUUUCUUACAUACAAAGAACAAACUAUGGAAUGUGUGCUGUAACAAGAAUACCUGACUGCAAAAGGUGCUUUUAAACUUAAAAGCUGCACUAAUGCUGCUUAUGACUGAUUUAUAAUCUGUCUUGAGCUAUAUGUUGGUGGACAUACAAUUAAUUUCAGUCAUAUUCUGACAGACCAGUCAAGAUUCACAAAUCUACUGCUACUGCAUACAACACCUAUAUUAGUAUUAGUAAAAAUUAUUAGGCCUGGCACAUUCCAUGAAUGUAAACAAUGCAAAAUGCAGAAUCUGGUAAUGAUUAAAGAUACAUUUGAGA